AAUCCCGCGAUCGCCCAAUACCUUUUCUUCGCCCGUCGCCGUGACCCCCCUCCCGAAGCCCCCCUCAACAGCCCCCAGCGCCUCCUCCGCGAGCUCGCCGAGCGCAAAAAGGUCGCCUUUCCCAAGAAGAAGACCCCCCCGCGGAGGUUCAUCCUCAAACCCCCCUUGGACGACGCCAAAUUGGCCGAGAGGUUCCUCAACAGCCCCCAACUGUCCCUAAAAACCUUCCCUUUGCUGAGCUCUUGCCUACCGUCUUCGCGGUUGAACAAUGCCGAUGCGACCUGGAUCGGCGAGUACCUCCUCGAGGCGAAGCAGGCGCUCGGGUACCCGCUGGAGCCCUCCGAAGCGCUCGGCGACGACACCCCGGCGAAGCAUUUCGACACCUUGCUGUACCUGGCGUUCCAGCACCCCACGGCCGAGGCCCGGACCACGGCGCGGCACGUGCGGAACGGGCACUCCAGGCUCUGGUUCCUGGGCCAGUACGUGAUCGAGAUGGCCUUCGCCGAGUUUUUCCUGCAGCGCUACCCGCGCGAGUCCCCUGGGCCGAUGCGGGAGCGGGUGUACGCGCUCAUCGGCAAGAGGUUCCUCCCUAAGUGGAUCAAAGCCGCGAGCUUGCACAAUUUGGUGUUCCCCUAUGAUGAGAUGGAUAAGUUGAUCAGGAAGGAUAGGGAGCCCCCUGUGAAAUCUGUGUUCUGGGCAAUAUUUGGAGCUAUAUAUCUGUGCUUUGGCUUGCCUGAAGUAUAUCGCGUCUUAUUCGAGGCAUUCGGAAUGGAUCCUGAAGACGAGAGUUCUCAACCAAAAUUAAGACGGCAACUUGAAGAUGUCGACUAUGUAUCGGUGGAGUUUGAAGGCCGACAGAUCAGUUGGCAAGAUGUUGCUGCGUACAAGCCUCCACAAGAUGCACUUUUUGCACAUCCGAGGCUUUUCAGGGCAUGUGUCCCUCCAGGUAUGCAUCGUUUUCGAGGGAAUAUCUGGGACUUUGACCACAGGCCCAAGGUUAUGAGAACUCUUGGAUACCCUUUGCAUAUAAAUGAUCGGAUCCCGGAAAUCACGGAAGCCAGGAACAUCGAAUUUGGGCUUGGGCUUCAGCUGUGCUUUAUGCAUCCUUCGAAAUACAAGUUUGAACAUCCGCGAUUUUGUUUUGAGCGGUUGGAAUAUGUUGGUCAAAAGAUUCAGGAUCUUGUGAUGGCCGAGAGAUUACUUAUGAAGCAUCUCGAUGCUCCCGGGAGAUGGUUGCAAGAGAAGCACCGCCGGACAUUAAUGAACAAAUUUUGCGGGAGGUACUUAAGGGACAAGCACCUCCACCACUACAUCAUAUACGGCGAGUCGGUCCAAGACAAAUUCGAGCACAACCGGAGGCUCAGGAACCCAGCCACGACCUCUGUCCAGCAAGCGAUUCACGGGCUCGCUUACAUGGUCUAUGGCAAGCCCGACGUCCGCCGAUUGAUGUUUGAGGUGUUUGAUUUUGAACAAAUCCAACCUAAAGCUGUGUGAGUUUUUCAACCUGGAGUUGGUGCUUCCAUCAUAUACAUCUCACUUUGACAUGGGUCUCCAUAUUUGACCUCCUGAAAGGAAAUCAUCUCAAGUUCCUUGUGGUGGAAUUUUGUUUUACUUUUGUGUUGUUGUUAAAGAAUCCAAUGAGGUAGGUAGAAUUUUUAAAGAACAGUUGUAUAGUAGAUGUUUUUAAUGAAAAUAUAAGCAUUUUCUUAGCUU